AUGGCGCCCAGUGCAGUCCCCGCCGAGCCCGUCCCCCAGGGCGUCGUGGCCGCAAAGUCUCUCAAUGGCUUCAACACCCAGUUUCAGCUCACCGACGCUGACAAGAAGGAAGUCGACUUUGUUCUGCGCACAUUCCGUUGUCUCAUUGCCGAUUUAUGUGAGCAGUUCAAGGGCGGCCACCCCGGUGGUGCCAUGGGCAUGGCUGCUAUCGGUACCGCUCUCUGGAAGUACGUUAUGAAGUACUCUCCCACAAACCCCAGCUACUUCAACAGAGACCGAUUCGUCUUGUCCAACGGCCACACAUGUUUGUUCCAGUACAGCUUUCUGCACCUCACUGGCUACAAGCACAUGACAAUGGACCAGCUCAAGUCCUAUCACUCCAGCCGCACCGACUCAUUCUGCCCUGGUCACCCCGAGAUCGAGCACGAGGGUAUCGAGGUCACCACCGGUCCUCUGGGUCAGGGUAUUGCCAACGCUGUCGGUCUUGCUGUUGCCAGCAAGCACUUGGCUGCCACUUACAACCGCCCCAACUUCCCUGUCGUCAACAACAUGACCUGGUGCAUGAUUGGAGAUGCCUGCUUGCAAGAGGGUGUGGCUAUGGAGGCCAUUCAGCUUGCCGGUCACUGGAAGCUCAACAACCUCGUCGUUAUGUACGACAACAACCAGAUCACCUGCGACGGUAGCGUCGACCUUUGCAACACUGAAGAUGUCAACACCAAGAUGCGCGCCUGCGGCUGGAACGUCAUCGAGAUUGAGGACGGCAACUGGGACGUUGAGGCCAUCGUCCGCGCCAUGGAUGCCGCUCGCAACAGCAGCGACAAGCCCACCUUCAUCAACAUCCACACCGUCAUCGGUAUUGGCAGUGCCGUUGCCGGUAACGCCAAGGCCCACGGUGCCGCCUAUGGUCCCGCUGACGUCGCCAACAUCAAGAAGAACUUCGGCAUGGACCCUGAGCAGCACUUUGUUGUCUCCGACCAGGUCUACAGCUAUUUCCGCGAGGCCAUUUCCCGCGGUGAGAAGAUCGAGGCUGAGUGGAACCAGCUUGUCGAGGCUUACUCUCGCGAGCACCCCGAACUGGCCGCCGAGUUCCAGAAGCGCGUUUCCGGCGACUUCACCGACGACUGGCGCAAGUUCAUCCCCGCCAAGGAGGACUUCCCCACGACUCCUACCCCGUCGAGAAAGUCGGCUGGUCUCGUUUGCAACCCUAUUGCUGCCGGUGUGAACAACUUGAUGGUCGGCACUGCUGACUUGUCACCCUCCGUCAACAUGAUCUGGAAGGGCAAGGUUGACUUCCAGCAUCCCGACCUGAAGACCACCUGCGGUAUCAACGGCGACUACACUGGCCGCUACAUCCACUACGGUAUCCGUGAGCAUGCCAUGGCUUCCAUUGCCAACGGUCUGGCUGCCUUCCGUAAGGGCACUAUCCUGCCCGUUACCUCUAGCUUUUUCAUGUUCUACAUCUACGCCGCCCCUGGUGUGCGUAUGGGUGCUCUCCAGCGCCUCCAGCAGAUUCACAUCGCGACCCACGACUCGAUCGGAACUGGUGAGGACGGCCCCACCCACCAGCCUAUCGCCUUGCCUGCCCUGUACCGCGCGAUGCCCAACCUCUUGUACAUCCGCCCCUGCGACAGCGAAGAGACAGCUGGUGCGUUCAUUCUGGCCAUGGAAGCCAAGGAUUCUCCCUCGAUCAUCUCCCUCUCCCGCCAGAACCUCGAGCAGUACCCCCAAUACACCUCCCGUGAUAAGGUCCAGAAGGGCGCCUACGUCUUCAAGGAGGAGCAGGAUGCCGAUGUCACCCUUAUCGGUGUUGGCGCUGAGAUGGUCUUCGCCGUCAAGACGGCUCAGCUGCUUGCCGAGAAGUACGGCAUCAAGGCCCGCAUUGUCAGCUUCCCGUGCCAGCGCAUCUUCGACAAGCAGUCAAUUGAGUACAAGCGUGAGGUUCUCCAGUACCGCUCCAAGGCGCCGCGUGUCGUAAUUGAAGCCUACGCCGUUAACGGCUGGGAGCGUUACGCCGAUGCCGGCUUCUCCAUGAGCAGCUUCGGCCACUCCUUGCCCGGCCCCGACGCAUACAAGUACUUUGGCUUCGACGAGGCCGUUAUCGCUCCCGAGGUCGCCAAAUUGGUGGAGGACGUCAGGGCCAACGGUAUUGAAAGCCUGCGGGGCGAGUUCCGCGACCUGAACCCCAUCCACCACCACUGA